AUCUAAAUGCGCGCUAGAAUACAUAUAUCUAACUGAAAACAAAUUUUCAAACCGCAAAAACGAAAAAUCCAACAAUACUUGAUCAACUACCUAAACCCCGGCGCGAGCAGAUUAUGCAAGACAGAGUAAGCACGUCGACACGGUUUCGAAUAUCCGAGCACUGGUGGGAGAUCGGAAUUUCAAGCGAAAUGAAACCAAAACCUCUCAUUCCCAAACUUGGAACAAUGAUGGGUAGAUGGCGAGACCUUACGGACACAUUUUCCUAUAUUUUCAACUAAAAGAGCUGAAGAAGAAGUCUAACCUGAAAGUACACGUUUUAAAAAAUAGUUUAAAACCCGUUUAAAGUAGAAGAUAUUGAAAGAAAUAUACCUUACCAUGCCCCCCAAAAAAGGUUCUAAUUCAAAUCCUGUAAAAGAAAAGUUUGAGGAGUCCGAUUCGGAAAAGAAUGUGGAAGCUAAACAAAGCGAGGUUAGUUUGGAAAAUAAUAUUGCCAAAUUAUUAGAAAUUCAGUUUGCUAAGUUUAAAGAAGACAUGGAAAGAACAUACCGAAAUGAAAUAAGUGAAGUUAAAAAAUCCAUUGGGUUUAUGAGUGACUGUUUCGAACAACAAAAAGAAGAACUUAAGAAAACUUUAAAGGCUUUAAAAAAUGUACAAGAAGAAAACAACACAAUAAAAAAUAAAAUGAGUGAGCUUGAAAAUAGAAUAAACAACAAAGAACAGCUCGAAAGGGAAAACAAUCUCAUUAUUUCUGGAGUACCAAAGCAAAAUGAAACAACAACAACAAUUGUGGAAAAAAUUAUGAAUACACUUAAAUUGCAAAACAGCCAAAGUAUCUUGGAAACGAGAAGGAUUUCAAAAAAGGAUGACAGUCCAAUACUUGUAAAAUUUGCUGAAAAAAACAAGAAAGUAGAAGUAUUUAAGAAUAGAAAAGAAAUAAAAAGUGUAAAGUGUAGUGAUUGCCAACUAGAAGGUAAUAGUCAAAUUUAUUUUAAUGAUGAUUUAAUACCAAACAUUCAAACCUUAUUUCAAAAAGCCAGAGAUGUAAAAAAAAGAAAGGGGAUUUAA